AUGCGCAGUGGGGCUUCCAUGAGAAGCAACUGGGACCGCUGGAGGAAAGCGCCCAAAGGCGGCAACGGGGGUCGCGCCAACCUUCACCAGGGUGCGAUUCAUUCAGUACCUCGUGGAGAAGGGCUGCUCCAGCCAGCGGAAGCAGGAGACUUUCAAGACGAAGGCGGCGUCCUCGAGAGGUGCCAGCACUUCCUUGACCUAAACCAAGUGCUGUUCCGCCAAGCGGCUCCCAUGCCGAAGAACGGCGCUGAUACCCUCAGCAUGGGCGAUGAGGACCCUUCUUCUGUCCAGCUAGACCUCAUCGUCCAACAUAUUCUUGGGAAGCAUGAUGACGUUGAGGACAUCGAGGAAAAGGAUGACGAGGAGGAGGACAAGGAUGACGGGGACGGGGACGGGGACAACGACGGGGACAACGACGGGGACAACGACGGGGACAGGGAGGAGGAUGACGAUGAUGAUGACAAUGGGGAUGGAGAGGAACGCCCUCCAAUUGCCGGUCGCCGGAGCAACUCGCAAGUCAUCGCGACUCCAAAUCGCCGAUCUGUUGCAGGCAAUUGCAAGGCGGCUCACAAACCCAAGACCCCUCUCAGUCUCCAUGACUCUGCUGGUAAGGGAAUGGCUGCGGACGAUGAGAUGGAGCGCCUCCAGAAGGGUGCCGAGGAGCACACCCAGCGCCGCCACGAUGAGAUGAUACUGGUUGAGAAGGAGAAGAUGAAGGCUGAGAAGGAGAGGUUGAUGGCUGAGAAAAAGAGGGUCGAGAUCGAGAAGAAGAAGUCGGAUCAAGAGGUGUUGGCCUCCAAACUAGAGAUGUGGCACAAUCACGUGGUGUUCAACAUGGAGAGACGAAAUAUGUCGUAUGAGGAUGCCUCGGCAGAUGCAAGCGCGAUGAUGCCUUCCUUCAUGAGAUAG